CGCUGUCAACCCACGUGGAGUUAUUUCCUGAAUGGGGGUGGCCUGAUCACCACGCUGAAAUACUUGUUUUGAGGUGUUUCUAAGCUAUGGAGGAAUUACCCACGGAUCUUAAAGAUUUUCUCCACAACCAUCCUUUCCUCCAGCUUACUGAUGGCAAAAAGAUCAAAUGCACUCUGAAUGGCCACGAGUUUCCAUGCAACCUCACAGAGAUUCAGAAGUUCACUGAAGGGAAGAAAUAUGAGAAACUGAGUGCUGCUGCAGACUUCAGCUACAGCCAGUAUGAGCCACAUAUUGUGUCAAGCACCAAGCAACCCAAUCAACUCUUCUGUAAGCUGACUCUCAGACACCUUAACAGGCAGCCACACCAUGUCUUAAGACAUGUUAACGGGAAACGCUUCAAAAAAGCUCUUGCAAAAUAUGAAGAGUGUAUCAAACAAGGGAUUGAAUUCACCCCUGCCAGACUCAGGCAGAAAAGGCCCAAAGAUAUCAGAGAUGACGACAGUCGGGGGAGGGCUCCGAAACACGGGAACAGCCCAUGGGAACCCUCAUCCAGUGACGAGGAUCACAGUGACUCAGAAGACAGCAUGAGUGACCUCUACCCUCCAUCUAUGUUCACAUUAAAAAAUCCAGCAGAAGAGAGUAUGGAGGCUGACGAGGAUGAGGACGACGAUGACUUCCAGACAGAUGAAGAUGAUGAAAUGGAGGUGGAUAAGCAGGUGCAACAGAAACGGAAGAAGGUCCAGGGUGGUGGCUUUCAGAAGAAAUUCAGGAAUAACCAUUGGAAAAAGGGGCGCAAAAAACCUGGAAAAGCACUAAGUGAAAAGUAAAAAGCAAAACUACGGAAGCCCUAAGCUGACAGUGAUCCAUUUCAGUGUGAUUACUCUGUUUUCCCCACGCUAUCAGUUACUUUUGAUUGUCUUCCCAGAUCUUGACUUAUUUAUUGCAUAUCCCCAAAGAUUCAAAAGUACAAAACAAAUAGUAAAUUAGGUUUAUCCUAACUCAUCAUUGCAAUGGCAGUAUGGCCUGUCACAAUGACCAGCAUAUUGGUUUUUUAGACCAAUGCAAAAUGAACAGUGUUAUCACAAGAACCAUAUUUUUCUCAUAAUAAUAGGAGGAAUGAAUAUGUAAUCAUGGGAAACUCUAGUUUUUUAUCGCAAAAUAAAAAAAAAUGUAAGUCCAGAACUACAAGAAAAUUGGAAUAAAACAUAUCAAAGGACAAUGGAGUACAUAAAUGUAUGGAUGCAUGUUUGCUUUGGGCUUCUGUACAUAACCAUAAAAGUUCAGUAUUUUUAUACCUCGUGGUUUAUCAGGGAGUGACACUGCACUUCCAGUCUGUAGCAGUUUUCCGGUGUCUGAGCUGGCCUGACAUUUUUUAUAAGUCAGCAUUUAUUAAGAGUUUCAUAUUCUCUGGAUAUGAAAGUCGGCAACAUGUUUGGGACAUUAAAUGUGUCGUUUUUGAUUGGAACUGUGGUUUAAAAUGAAAUCUGUGGCACCAAAUACAA